UCACAAAAACAUCCCCGGUUGGGGUGGUUGCGAUUGCGAUAGUUGCCGUUGCUUAACGCCGAUCCCGGAGUUUUAGGGUUCUUCUCGAAACCAUUUUUGUCCAUAAUUUUCGUUUCAAUGUUGGACGAGAGCAAGUUCGACGUCCACUUCAAACUCUGGGCUCUUCGAAUACCUUGCCAAUUUUGCAAGGUCGCCACGAGAAUCCUCAACGGUUACUUGCUUGACAAGCCCCGAGUUAAACCAAUCACCGAUGACCCAACCAAUGAGAAAAACCGUUACCUUAUACUCUCCGAGAAAGUUCAGAACCAAGAUUUAUCUGAUAUUCCAAAGCAAAAGCUUGAAGAGCUGAAGGGCUUGUGUGCGAUUGAAGUUGUGCCCUAUUCGUUGGCACUAGGGUAUUCUUACUGGAGUGCUGAUCAUGUGUUGAAGCAAAUACUGCCAGCCGGAGUGGAAGUGCCUUCAUCUUUUGAAACAAUAGGUCAAAUUGCCCAUUUAAACCUACACGAUGAAUUACUUCCCUACAAAGAUGUUAUUGCGAAGGUUAUUUAUGAUAAAAAUUAUCCAAGAAUCAAAACUGUUGUUAAUAAAGUUGGAACCAUUACGAAUGAAUUUCGUGUGCCAGAAUUUGAAACUUUAGCUGGAGAUCAUAAUAUGAUUACAGAGGUGAAGCAAUAUGGUGCCACUUUUAGGCUUGAUUACAGAUUGGUUUAUUGGAAUUCCAGAUUGGAACAUGAGCACAGAAGGUUAGUCUCAAUGUUUCAAGCUGGAGAGACCAUUUGUGAUAUGUUUGCUGGUAUAGGUCCUUUUGCCAUUCCUGCAGCCCAGAAAGGAUGCAUAGUCUAUGCAAAUGAUUUAAAUCCGGAUAGCAUUCACUAUCUGAGGAUUAAUGCCAAAAUCAAUAAGGUUGAUGAUCGCAUUUAUGCAUACAACAUGGAUGCUAGAAAAUUCAUAUCCCAGUUGAUGAAAUUGCCAAAUACUGAGAUUAUGUUAGAACGUGAAGGACCCAUUUUGGACACUUGUCACACAUGCAAGAUACGAGAUAAUGCUGAAUCAAAUUCUGAAAAUGAGUUGCUAACCGUUGAUACAAAAGACCUAGGAGACAGCAAUGGUUGUGAUUUAGCGGAUGUACAAGGUUCAGUGAGGCGUGGUGCUACAUCUGUAAUUGCCGUUAAAAGAUCUUGUAGUAGUUAUGAUGAAGGGAAUGGAAAGGCUCAUGAAACUGACAUCCGUGAUGGUGAUAGCAGAAAAGGAAGCAAAAACAAGAGAAUGAGAGGCCCUGAAAUAUCUGACACAAAAGCUUGGGAACAUGUUGAUCACGUAAUAAUGAACCUACCCGCAUCUGCUGUUCAGUUUCUAGAUGCAUUCAGGGGAUUAAUCCAAAGGAAAUAUUGGAAAGGAUGUCUACCACAAAUCCACUGCUAUUGCUUCAUUAGGGCAACUGAAACUCCUGAAUCUAUACUAGCUGAGGCAGAAUCUGCUUUAAAUGUUCCGAUACAAGACCCAACAUUUCAUAGGGUUAGGGAUGUGGCUCCAAACAAGGCAAUGUUUUGUUUAAGCUUCAGGUUGCCAGGAGCAUGCGUUAGUGAAGGUACUCAAUAACAUUGUCCUCGGUGAUACUGAAGAGAAGUUAGCUUUGUAUAUUUUAUCACCUUAGUUUUCAGCAUUUGACAGGGCCAUGCAUGUGCAUGGAUUGAUUCGGUGCCAUUUUCUGUCUGACUCAAAGACAAUCAUAGUGAAACGUGACAAAUUUAACAUAAGGAGUAGACCAUGUUCAUCCAAUCUAUAGAAGGAUAUUCUUUCUUCUUGAGAUUUAUUGCUAUUUUAUUAAUAUACUCACUCGGGCGUCAAACCAAAAAGUGCCCAGUUAAUUUUAAACCCGCGUUUGGUAAUUCUUUCCUUGGAAUUAUACCCUAGUAAUUAUAAUAUUAUUGUGUAUUUCAGCGUAUGGAUUAUUUUGCCGACAACUACUAUACUAGUGUAGAUUGUGGACCAAUCACAAAAGCAGUAAAAUGCACAAGUGCUUUUUGGAAAAACAAUAGUAGAAUUUCUGUCCUCUUGGCAGCAAAUCAGGCUAAACGACACUACUUUAUUGUAUGCAAUUAUAACGGUUUGCAAAAUUGAAU